ACCGUGAAACAUAUUAUGUUCUCCUCCCUCUAUCCCUCCUUGCCCUUGGUGUUGGUCUCUCCCUCCUUCGUCACAAGUUAUCAAAGAUUAAUCCAUAUUCCAACAGCUCUACAGCAUAGAACCAGGGGAAAACAAUUUGCCUCCUUCAUCGUCUCAAGAAACAGGAUGACAUCAUCACCAUCAUCAACGGAGAUUAGCAAUCCUCCUGCGCCUCAACGGCGAUUAGCUCAGUACCAUCCUACCAUUUGGGACGACAAACUCAUCGACUCCUUCACCACUCACUACACCUAUGAAUUACAUGCCACACGAUUGGAGAGUCUAAAGCAGAACGUUGCUGAAACGUUGCUGGCUGCAUCCACCAGUAACAAAGGCGGCUCUGCCAGCACUUGUUCCGUUUUAAAGCUUAUCGACUCAAUGCAGCGGUUGGGAGUGGCCUACCAUUUUGAGCAAGAGACCGAUGCAGCUCUACUUAGUCUCGUUUCUUCGAGCACUCACGGUACCACAGAUGAUCUUCACACAGUUGCCUUGCAAUUCCCGGAUACUAAGAGACAUGGCAUCUCUAUAGCCCAGUUAUUGAAGCAAAUAGUAGAGCAAUCACUAGAAACCCCCCUGCGUUGGAGGAUGCCAAGAAUAGAAGCCCGGAACUUCAUCGAUAUCUACGAAAGAGACAAUUCUAAGAACCUGGCUUUGCUUGAAUUGGCCAAGUUGGAUUAUAAUCUCGUCCAAUCAGUAUAUCAAAUGGAGAUAAAGGAGCUAUCAAGGUGGUGGAGAGACUUGGAUUUCAAAAACAAGGCAAGUUUCUCAAGGGAUCGAUUGAUGGAGAACUACUUGUGGGCAAUGGGGAUCAAUUAUGAGCCCCGAUUCUCAGAAUGCAGGAUUGGCCUCACCAAGUUUGUUUGCAUAUUAACAAUAAUUGAUGACAUGUAUGAUGUCUAUGGAUUUCUGGAUGAGCUUGAGCACUAUACACAUGCAGUAUGUCGAUGGAAUAUGGAAGCAAAGGAGGAGCUUCCGGAGUACAUGAAGCCAGUUUAUGCUGCCAUGCUCAAAUUUGGCAACGAAUUAGCUGAUAAAGUUUUUAAAAAUAAUGGUUUGGACGUCCUCCCUUAUAUUAAGAAAGAGUGGGUAAGUCUUUGUAAAUCAUAUUUGGUCGAGGCACGGUGGUUUUACAGAGGAUACACACCAACUUUACAAGAGUACUUAGACAACGCAUGGACUUCAGUGGGUGGCCCUGGUGCUCUUCUCCAUGCUUAUUUGUUGCAAGGAUUAGGAAGCCACCUCACAAAAACUUCACUUGAGUCCUUUAAGCAUGGCUCUGAAAUGGUAUAUUGGUCAUCUCUCAUGACUCGACUUAGCGAUGAUUUGGGCACUUCCAAGGCUGAAAGUGAGAGAGGUGAUGUGGCUAAAGCCGUAGAGUGUUACAUGGAAGAAAAAGGCACAUCUGAGGAAGAAGCACAGCACUACAUAAACGAUUUGAUCUGCUAUUCAUGGAAGAAAAUGAAUGAGGAGAGUGCAAAAACUAGCUGGAUACCAAAAUCAAUUGUAAAAAUGUCACUCAAUAUGGCGCGGACUGCUCUAUCUAUCUUUCAACAUGGCGAUGGUAUUGGAACUUCAAUUGGGGUCACCAAACAUCGUUUAAUUUCUUUGAUUGCAAGUCCUAUUGCUAUAUUUCAUGAACACUAGGGGCCAAGAUCACUGGUUUUAUUGUAAUUGACUAGAUUCUUAAUUACAGACUUCCGAAAUUGAUCAAAGCUGGAAGGCUUAAAAUAAUUCUAUAAACACUCAGUUUGAUGUGAAUUUUCUGUUCUGAAGCGUUUUUGCUAAACUGCUUUUUACUGAAAACACUUUUAUGCUAGAAGUACUUUUACUAGAAACACUUUAUGCAUUAACCGUUACAACAAUUCGUGCUCUCAAAGGGUAAAGCGCCCAUAAAGUUCCAUGUCCCAUCUUUCUUUCUUUUUUUUCUUUUUUUUUUAUAGGAUUUUUCCUAUUAAAAGAGGCAAUAGACUACUCACACACACUAUAUGAAUGCUAAGACUCGAACCCAAGACUUUUUCUAAAAAGAGCAAUUGCUCCAAACCACUACACUAUU